AUGAUGGAGAAGGGCGAUCCCGUGGUGCAGAAGGUGUAUAACAGAAUGCGACUGUGGGAAUUUCCAGAUCAAUAUCUCGUCGAGCCCACCGAUGGCUCCUCCGCCCCAUUUCUCGCCGUCAGCCGCUACAACGCCUCCUUCUCUCUCACCGACGAGCUACCGCAGAUUAUCAGUUCCCCAAAUAUCUGGACAAUCUACGGAGUGGUUGGGACACUGAAGCUCUUGGCAGGCAGUUAUUUGCUGGUGAUAACUGGACGCGAAAGCGCGGGAACUUAUGUAGAUAAACCCAUCUUCAGAAUCUCGUCAAUGAAGAUUUUCCCUUGCGAUAUCUCCCUCAAGCAUGCCUCAGAAGAACACAAAAGGAUGGAGAGUGAAUUCUCGCAGUUGCUACACAUUGCAGAGAACACUCCUGGUCUUUAUUUCUCCUACGAAGUCAAUUUAACAUUGAGCCUUCAAAGACUGCAUGAUUUGAGUGAGGAAUCCAAAUUGCUUCCUCUUUGGAGACAAGCCGAUCCUCGAUUUCUAUGGAAUAGCUACAUUUCGGGAUUUCUAGUAGAUAACAAGCUUGAUCCAUACUUGCUUCCUGUUAUGCAAGGCAGUUUCAAGAGCUUUCAGUAUGCACUCGGAGAGAACAUUCUCAAAGUCUCGUUAAUUGGACGUAGAUGCAACAGACGAACUGGCACUCGGAUGUGGACAAGAGGAGCUGAUUCUGAUGGUUUUGUUGCGAACUUCGUAGAAACAGAACAAAUCAUGCAACUGAAUGGCAACAUUGCAUCGUUUAUCCAGGUUCGAGGGUCGAUUCCUUUGAUCUGGGAUCAGAUUGUUGAUUUGACUUAUAAACCUAAGUUCUUCAUCUGGAAUUUCGAACCUCAUGUGGUAGAAAAACACUUUAAUGAUCUGAAUAAGAAAUAUGGAAAUGUUUUAGCUGUUAAUCUUGUCAACAAGCAUGGAGAUGAGGGACGUCUAUGUGAGCUGUUUGGUUUCGCAAUGCAACAUAUUGCUAGUGAUAAUGUCAGGUACAGGCAUUUCGAUUUUCAUAAAAUCUGCGGAGAAUUAUACAUUGAUUGGCUUUCCAUUCUAUAUUAUCAAAUCGAGAUAUUUCUCCAUAAGAACAGCUAUUUUUUAUUGAAUGAUAAGAGGGAGAAGGUUGAGAAACAAAUUGGAGUUGUUAGGACUAAUUGCGUGGAUUGUUUGGACCGUACUAAUGUCACCCAGAGCAUGAUUGGUCGUAAAACGUUGGAAUCCCAAAUUCGAAGGGUUGGCGUUUUUCAUAUUGAUGAAACUAUAAGAAUGCAUCCAAAGUUGGACGAAUGCUUCAAAAAUAUGUGGGCUAACCACGGCGACGACAUCAGCAUUCAGUAUGCAGGCACUCGUGCUUUGAAAGGAGAUUUUGUGAGAUUUGGCAAGAGAACGAUUUGUGGUACUGUGAAAGAGGGUUGGACUGCUCUGGUUCGUUACUACCUCAACAACUUCUGUGACGGUUCUAAGCAGGAUGCAAUUGAUCUGUUGCACGGACAUUUUAGUUGGCUGGUGUUGAGGAAUCGUAGCGUUGAGGCUGUUGCUUCAUUUCCAUUGGCUUUUUCGGCGAUACUCAGUGGGAUUUUCUACGCGAUGCUUUCACUUAUUCGAGUUGUAGAUGAGCAUGAUCCUUGGAACAUAUUUAUUUCCAUCAUGUGGGGAAGCAUGAGUUACCUUGUGGCCAUGUUUGUUAAGGCCAACGCUCCCAUCUUCUGCAAUCGUCCUCGUCUCAACCAACCAAGGCUCUGACUCACUUAUGAUUUUCCCUCUUAAUUUUGAUGUAAUAAA